AUGGGCUCGGUGCCCAUGGAGGGUACAGUACCGGUGACUGACGGCAGUCUCAAAAGUCGUAAGAAUUUCAAUGUCCGAGAGUUUGCCCGACAGUACGGGUUGGGUGAGCCGGUAGCCGGAAAUUUUUACCAUGCUAAGUUUGACGAUUACGUACCCAUAAUAACUGCUAAAUUACCAUAA